AUGUCUUACAAUUUUACAGGCACGCCCACGGGCGAGGGUACAGGUGGUAACUCGUUGACCACCGACUUGAAUACCCAAUUUGAUUUGGCUAAUAUGGGGUGGAUCGGCGUAGCUUCAGCAGGUGUCUGGAUUAUGGUUCCAGGUAUCGGUCUAUUAUACUCCGGUUUGUCGAGGAAAAAGCAUGCUUUAUCCUUGCUUUGGGCCUCGAUGAUGGCCUCUGCGGUGUGCAUUUUCCAAUGGUUCUUCUGGGGAUAUUCGUUGGCCUUCUCGCAUAACACUAGAGGUAAUGGUUUUAUUGGUACUUUGGAAUUCUUCGGGUUCCGUAACGUUUUAGGAGCUCCCUCCAGUGUCAGUUCACUGCCUGAUAUAUUAUUUGCCGUUUACCAAGGUAUGUUUGCCGCCGUCACCGGUGCCCUAAUGUUAGGUGGUGCUUGCGAAAGAGCUAGAUUAUUCCCCAUGAUGGUGUUCUUAUUUUUGUGGAUGACUAUCGUUUACUGUCCUAUCGCAUGCUGGGUUUGGAACGCAGAGGGUUGGUUGGUCAAAUUGGGAAGUCUGGAUUAUGCAGGUGGGCUAUGUGUCCAUUUGACCUCCGGUCAUGGUGGGUUAGUUUAUGCCUUGAUAUUGGGUAAACGUAACGACCCUGUCACACGUAAGGGAAUGCCUAAAUACAAACCACAUUCCGUCACUUCGGUGGUUUUGGGUACUGUGUUCUUGUGGUUUGGUUGGAUGUUCUUCAACGGUGGAUCCGCAGGCAAUGCCACCAUACGAGCAUGGUACUCCAUUAUGUCUACAAACUUAGCCGCUGCUUGCGGUGGUUUGACCUGGAUGGUAAUUGAUUACUUCAGAUCUGGUAGAAAAUGGACUACAGUGGGUCUAUGUUCGGGUAUCAUUGCCGGGCUAGUUGGUAUCACCCCCGCUGCUGGGUUCGUACCAAUCUGGUCCGCCGUUGUCAUUGGUAUAGUUACUGCUGCAGGUUGUAACCUUGCUGUUGACUUGAAAAGCCUGUUGCGCAUCGAUGACGGUUUAGAUUGUUACUCUAUCCAUGGUGUGGGUGCUUGUAUCGGCUGUGUGCUAACCGGCAUCUUUGCCGCUGAUUACGUCAAUGCCACUGCAGGAUCUUACAUUAGUCCAAUUGAAGGUGGCUGGAUCAAUCAUCACUACAAACAGGUCGGUUAUCAAUUGGCCGGUAUGUGCGCUGCACUAGCGUGGACUGUUGUUGUCACAUCGAUACUGCUACUAACUAUGAAUGCUAUUCCAUUCUUAAAACUAAGAUUAAGUGUCGAUGAAGAAGAGUUGGGUACGGAUGCUGCUCAAAUCGGUGAAUUUACCUACGAAGAAUCCACUGCUUACAUUCCAGAACCGGUCAGAUCAAGAACUUCUGCUCAAAUGCCACCUCCUCAUGAAAACAUUGAUGACAAAAUAGUCGGUAACACAGACGCAGAAAAGAAUUCUACGCCUUCCGAUGCUUCUUCUACCAAGAACACUGACCAUAUAGUAUAA